UAAAAGUGAAUAAGGAUGAAUAAGUGGAUAAGGAUAGAAAGCUCCAAUACAGUGACAUGUUCGGAUCUGUCAGAGUCUAAACUACAGGGGAAACGAGGAGAUUUAGGGAUAAGGGGAUCGAGAUAAUAGAUUGUAAAAUAGAUGUUGAAUAUAUUGUUAAAAACCUAAAGAUCGAAAUUGAUAGAAUUUUUUGUUACCAAGUGAAAUAAAUUGUGAGAGGUAGUGGGGCUGCAUAUGACAAUGAUGGCCGCCACCAAUGAGGAAACGAGUGUUAUGGAGCCAUCGAGAAUAAAUCCAGGACAAAAUCAGCCUAGUGACAGACUCAAGAUGCUUUAUCCAAUGGUAAAUGAAGAGGAGACACCGUUGCCAAGGUCAUGGAGUCCAAAAGACAAAUUCAAUUACAUUGGAUUAUCGCAAAAUAAUCUUCGCGUUCAUUACAAAGGUUAUGGUAAAACACACAAAGAUGCUGCCAGUGUUCGUACAACACAUUCGAUACCGGCUGCCUGUGGACUGUAUUAUUUUGAAGUGAAAAUAGUGAGUAAGGGUCGUGACGGUUAUAUGGGAAUUGGUCUGUCAGCUCAUGGUGUCAACGUCAAUCGGCUGCCAGGCUGGGAUAAACACUCGUACGGUUAUCACGGUGAUGAUGGCCACAGUUUUUGUUCAUCUGGUACCGGGCAACCUUAUGGGCCAACAUUUACCACUGGUGAUGUUAUAGGCUGUGGCGUUAAUUUAGUUGAUAACACAGCAUUUUACACAAAGAAUGGCCAUCACUUGGGCGUCGCAUUCACAGAUUUACCCCCGAAUUUGUAUCCAACGGUGGGUCUGCAAACACCAGGUGAAGUUGUGGAUGCCAAUUUUGGUCAAACGCCCUUCGUAUUUGAUAUCGGUGACAUGAUCAACGAGUUACGAGUUCGCACGAGAUUACAAAUUAUUAAUUAUCCAACGCCAGAUCAUGGACAGGGUCAGUGGCAAGCCGUUCUUCACAAAAUGGUGUCUACAUAUCUUGUUCAUAAUGGCUAUUGCGAUACUGCCGAAGCAUUUGCCAACAGUACGGGACAAGAAUUUGAGGAAGAUUUCAACUCCAUUAAGAAUCGACAAAGAAUUUUGAAGCUCGUUCUGGCUGGUAGAAUGGGAGAAGCAAUAGAUUUAACUAGCCGAUUAUAUCCAGGACUCCUCGAACGUGAUCCAAAUUUAAUGUUUGCCCUGAAAUGUCGUCAGUUUGUCGAAAUGGUCAAUGGAAGUGAUUCUGAAGUUUACCAGAGUAAUAGUGAAAAUCAGACAAGUGUUAUACAAUCAACCAAAACGUACAUCAAAUCGUCAACAAACCGAAAUAUCGACGAGAUGAAUUUAAAUAAUACAAUUAAUGGUGCUGGUGAACCACAAUUUAUUAAUGGUCAAAUGGAGGAGGAUGUAGAUAUGGAGGAGAAUACAACGACUAACGCAAAUAGCAUUAAAAAUUCAACAAAUGGAUAUCAGAAUGGUAAUCCCAAUGCCAAUGCCAAUGGCUACCGAUGCCAAAAUGGUGAAGACAUUGACAUGGAAGUAGAUAGUGCCAAUCAAAUUCAGCAAAAUGGCAAUUCCAGUAAUCCACCAGUUUCUGUGGCGAAAUGUAUAAAGAAACAAUUGUGCGGGGGUAACAAGCAGGCAAUUGAAAAAAUGCUUGAAUUUGGACGGCAAUUAUAUUCACAAUCAAUACAUCUUAGGCAGCAGUAUGGAAAAAACGAAUCGAAUAAAAAAAUGCUCCAAGAUGCAUUCAGCUUAUUGGCUUAUUCCAAUCCAUGGAACUCGCCAGUCGGGUGGCAACUAGAUCCACAAGAAAGGGAAACUGUUUGUGCUAGACUCAAUUCAGCUAUUCUAGAGUCAACGAAUCUCCCACGACGACCACCACUAGAGGUUGCAAUAUCGCAUGCAAAAGAAUUGGUACGGUUGAUGUCAAGUGCCGGGUUGGGUGCUUGUGGUUUUGCGGUAGUCGACAAUAUUAUUCAGUAUUGACGGUGCCUGCCUCUGCCACCACGACCACCCCUGCUACCUGCUCGUGUAUGAAUAAGGAGAAUCUUCUAAUAGGUGGAAAUGGAUCGUGGAGCAGACAAUUCAUUGUUAUCCCAGCAACUUGGUGAUGUAGCGCGCGUGCCUCCAACUGGACAAAAAAAUAAAUCAUUACAAUAUUAACGAGCCCAAUACAUACAUGAUGAAAAAUUAUAAUAUUAAUAAUUAUAAUGAAAAUAAUAAUUGUAAGAUGAUUCAAAUUUUUGUCAGUGAUAUGCUCGGAAAGAUCUCACGCCCCAAAUACAGGAGAUUAUGCAUCAAUUGAAUUUUCCAAUGGAAAAAUUACGAUACGUAAGAACAAAUAUAAUUAUUGAAAAAAAAAAAACAAAAUAAAAAUGGUAAACGCUCAGGCCUGCCACCAAAAAUGAUACUCGAUGCUCCCUCGUAAUGCAAAAAAAUUCUGGAGGAAGAAAAACGUUCAAGGAUAAAGGAAAUAAAACCAAGGGUCAAUUUGGUAUUUGCAGAUUCAGACGUUAUCUGAUGCCCAUACUUAUAGAGAAGAAACUGCCCACCUGUAUUUUGUUUAAUUCGAGUUAAUCACAACCAUUCAACAAUUAUUGUUUUUCGGUCCUUAAUAAUUAAAAUGAUAAAAACUAUCUUUGGGGGAACAAGAUUCUAGAAACUUCAUUGUCGUAGUCAUCAAAUCAAACUUUAUGUUUAUAUGAUAUAAUUCAUUAUGAGAUAGCUAACAAUACAGAGAAACGAAUGAAAAAAAAAAUAAAAACACUUAAUUAAUAAGUCAUUGUUUUUUAUAUGCGAACAUAGUGUAUUAAAUUAUAUAUUAUUGAAGGGAGAAAAAUUGCAAUAAGGAUAAUAUGAUGAACAGUCGUAUGCAGCUGGGCAUAAGUGUGCGUUUAAAACAAUUUAGAAUCUUUAAAUCAUUUAGGAUUAAAAUGUAGGAUUAAUUAAAUUAUAAAAAGCAAAAAAUAAGCAUUAUUAUGUUUUGUCAUGUACCUUAGAUAGAGCUAUGAUACUGGAAUAUGAGCUAAUACAGCGGUAAUUUUAACAGGAUGAUCAUUUUUUAAAAUAUGUUUCGAUUGUGUUCACUAUCAGCUCACAAUCAUAUUAUUGGAAAUAUUGGUACAUUUGGAAAAUAGAAAAAGAAAAAAAAAAUUAACAAGUUGACUGCCUUCAUUGCGGCUGGAAUCGGAAUAUAUUGAGUCGACCAUACCCUAAUUACCAUAUAUAUCAUUUCUUUAAUCAAUUGAUUUCGUAAAUUUCUAACGUUUUUUUCCUUACUAUCAAUUAAAAAUUCCUGUUCAUCAUGUAAACAUUGUGUAUUUUUAUGAUCGAUAUGCUUUAAGUUUCCUACUUUCACCAUCCGAUUUUACAUAAUUGUUUGUUUUCGCGGCUUUUAUGUCAUGAGUUUGAAGAUAUAGGAAAAUAUAUGUAUAAUAUAA